UUCCUGCAGCAGCUGCUACCACUGCUCAGGCUCCGCGAGGAGGGAGCGGGCGACUCGGAGACGGUGACUCAGAGGCCGAGCGGCGCGGGGGCCAAGGAGCACUGGUGUCCAUGGACCCUGGGGGUCCCCCGAGGACAAGGUGACACCCUUCUCCCUCCACCCUGCUCUACCUUCUCAGCAGGGAGUGGCCGCUCCCAUCUCCAUGGACUUCCAAGAGAGGGUUCCUAACUCCUUGGCAGAGAACAUUCAGUCUGCAAAGCCCACCAGUGCCCUGCAGGCCUCUGAGCUGUGGGAGGUGGUGGAGGAGUCGCGGGGCAGGCUGGGAGCAGAAGGUAUCAUGCCCGAGAGGCAGGAAGGCCACCUGCUCAAGAAACGGAAGUGGCCUCUGAAGGGCUGGCACAAGAGAUACUUUGUGCUCGAGGACGGAAUCCUUCAAUAUGCAACGACCCGGCAAGAGAUCACCAAGGGGAAGCUUCAUGGCUCCAUUGACGUCCGACUGUCCGUUAUGUCCAUCAACAAAAAGGCCCAGCGCAUUGACCUUGACACUGAAGACAACAUCUACCACCUCAAGAUCAAAUCCCAGGACCUGUUCCAGAGCUGGGUGGCCCAGCUGCGUGCCCACCGCCUAGCCCAGCGCCUCGACCUGCCUCGAGGCUCGCUGCCCGGCACCACUCACCGGAAGGCUCCUGGUGCCCAGCUUCCGGCAGCGGGCAGCGCUUCGGCUCUCCCUGGAGUCGGGCCUCGGGAGAAGGUGUCUUCCUGGCUGAGGGACAGUGAUGGGCUAGACCGCUGCUCUCAUGAGCUCUCUGAGUGUCAGGGGAAGCUCCAGGAGCUACACAGACUCCUCCAGAGCCUGGAGUCCCUGCACCGAAUCCCCUCGGCCCCUGUUAUCCCCACGCACCAGGCCUCGGUGACGACCGAGAGACCCAAGAAGGGGAAACGGACCAGCCGCAUGUGGUGCACACAGAGUUUCGCCAAGGACGACACCAUUGGACGGGUUGGUCGUCUCCACGGCUCCGUUCCCAACCUCUCUCGCUACCUGGAGUCCCGGGACCCCUCAGGCCCCCGCGGGCUGCCGCCUCCCGACUAUGCCCACCUGCAACGUACUUUCUGGGCCUUGGCCCAGAAGGUGCACAACUCCCUCAGCAGCGUCCUGGCUGCCCUCACUGCUGAAUGGGACCGACUGAGAGACCUGCACCAGGGUUCAGAGCUGUCACGCAUGGGGGUCUCUGAGGCCUCCACUGGCCCGAGGCGCCUCCACUCACUCUCCAUCUCCUCGGACACCACCGCAGACUCCUUCAGCUCCCUGAACCCUGAGGAGCAAGAAGCCCUGUACAUGAAGGGGCGGGGGCUGACCCCCCAGCUAUCCCAGAGCAGCGUCCUGUCCCUUGCUGAUUCCCACACUGAGUUCUUUGAUGCCUGUGAGGUUCUCCUCUCUGCCAGCUCUUCUGAGAAUGAGAGGACUAGCCAGGCAGGGUCUUGCCGAGCCCUGGGCACUGCCCAUCUGCCCAUCUGCCCGGGGAGGCCCAGUCUGCCCGGUCUGUCUUCUGUCCCGGCCCAGGGCUCCGAGGAGGAGGAGUCGUGCACCAGUGAAAUCACCACCAGCCUGUCUGAGGAGGUGCUGGACCUCAGGGGAGUUGAGCGCUACCAGAAAGGGGCGUGUGUUCCAGGGAGAGCUGCGGGGCCACCGCGGCGCCGCUGCCUGCCAGCGGCCAGCGGGCCGGGGGCCGACGUGAGCCUGUGGAACAUACUCCGGAACAACAUCGGCAAAGACCUGUCCAAGGUGUCGAUGCCUGUGCAGCUCAACGAGCCGCUCAACACUCUGCAGCGGCUCUGCGAGGAGCUGGAGUACAGCAGCCUCCUGGACCAGGCCAGCCGCGUGGCGGACCCCUGCGAGCGCAUGGUGUACAUCGCCGCCUUUGCCGUCUCUGCCUACUCGUCCACGUACCACCGAGCAGGCUGUAAGCCCUUCAACCCCGUCCUGGGGGAGACCUACGAGUGUGAGCGGCCUGACCGAGGCUUCCGCUUCAUCAGUGAGCAGGUCUCCCAUCACCCCCCCAUCUCGGCAUGCCAUGCGGAGUCUGAGAACUUCAUCUUCUGGCAAGACAUGAAGUGGAAGAACAAGUUCUGGGGCAAAUCCUUGGAGAUUGUGCCUGUGGGGACCGUCAACGUCAGCCUGCCCAGGUUUGGGGACCACUUUGAGUGGAACAAGGUGACGUCCUGCAUCCACAACAUCCUGAGCGGCCAGCGCUGGAUCGAGCACUACGGGGAGGUGCUCAUCCGGAACACGCAGGACAGCUCCUGUCACUGCAAAAUCACCUUCUGCAAGGCCAAGUACUGGAGCUCCAAUGUCCACGAGGUGCAGGGGGCCGUGUUCAGCCGGAGCGGCCGUGUCCUCCACCGACUUUCCGGAAAGUGGCACGAGGGGCUCUACCGGGGGUCCCUGCCCGGCGGCCAGUGCAUCUGGAAACCCAACUCAAUGCCCCCAGACCACGAGCGAAACUUCGGCUUCACUCAGUUUGCCUUGGAGCUGAAUGAGCUGACGGCGGAGCUGAAACGGUCACUGCCUUCCACGGACACGCGGCUCCGGCCAGACCAGAGGUACUUGGAGGAGGGGAACAUCCAGGCCGCCGAAGCCCAGAAGAGAAGGAUCGAGCAGCUUCAGCGGGACAGGCGCAGAGUGAUGGAGGAGAACAACAUCGUCCACCAGGCUCGCUUCUUCAGGCGGCAGACGGACAGCAGUGGGAAGGAGUGGUGGGUGACCAACAACACGUACUGGAGGCUGCGGGCCGAGCCGGGAUAUGGGAACCUGGACGGGGCCGUGCUCUGGUAGCCCUGGCCCUCGGGGGCAGGAGGCCCAGGCUCCUCCCUCCUGCCUCUACCUCCCACGGACCUCCCACUCACCGCGCUGGAGACCAAAGGGGCAGCCUGGCUCUGGCUCUAUCCCCUCUGCCGGCCGGAGGGGCUGCAUCUCAGCCCACUGCGCACCCCUCCCCCGGUUUGGGGUGGGCAGCAGGAUUCGUGCUUCCCCAGUCUCGUGUCCCCAGACAACCAGCAUGUGAGACCCUUCUUGCUCUGUCAUUCCCCUCUGUCCCCCUUGGGGUGCUUGGGGGAGACUCCAGGCUCUCCAGGAUCUGUUCCCCGUUUAGUGCCUUCCCAGGACACAGGGGACCCCUUGAUGCCCCCCAGGCUUCCUACGCCCAGGGCUCUGGCCCCGGCCGUGCGGUUGGAGUGCGUGAAGGAGAAGAGAUGGCCCUUUUCUCCCGCCCUCAUCCCUCCCCUGCCCUUCUCCAGAAUCGUCUCCUGUCUCCCCUGUGCCCCAGUGGGGCUCCCUCUGCUUGGUCCUUGGCAAUCUCUCCCAUCCUCCUGGAUCCCCAUCUCCCAAACUGCAAAAUGCCUGCAGCUUCUGGCUCCUUCGGCCCUGGUCCUCAAGUGGGAGGAAACUUCAGCCACAGCUCACAGCUCGGCUGGUCCCUGCUGUGUAGACGAGGCCUGUCCAAGAGGCGGGGAGCGAACUGAUCCGGCGGGGCGCCUGGCCUCAGACCCCCUGGGAGUGAGUGAGCACGUGUGAGAGUGUGAGUUUGUGUAAGGGUGUGUGCAUGUGUUUGUGUGCCUGUGUACUGCUUGCAGGCGAGCAGCGUCCCCAAUGUAGCCCGGAUGGCCCCUGCUUGGGGCCCGCCACUGUUGCUGCUCAUUUUCGCACAGUCUGCCUCUGAUUAAGGUGAAUUUGCAGUGACAUUCCAAGCUCCAAUAAAGACAGUCCCAAA